AUGGAUGGACAUCGAUUACGUGUCGGGGCACUAGCCUGGAGUUCAUCCCUGUUGUCUUCAGGUAGCCGGGACAAGAGUAUCCUUCAACGAGAUGUACGUGCACAGGAAGAUUUUGUCAGUAAACUAUCUGGGCACAAAUCAGAGGUUUGUGGAUUGAAGUGGUCAUAUGAUAAUCGUGAGUUGGCAUCUGGUGGAAAUGAUAAUAGGCUUUUCGUUUGGACCCAACAUUCAACACAACCUGUGCUGAAAUACUGUGCACAUACAGCUGCUGUAAAAGCAAUUGCAUGGUCCCCUCAUCUUCAUGGACUCCUAGCUUCUGGCGGCGGUACUGCUGACCGAUGCAUUCGUUUCUGGAACACCACCACUAACUCACAGCUUAGCUGCAUGGACACUGGCAGUCAGGUAUGCAAUCUUGUGUGGUCUAAGAAUGUCAAUGAACUUGUUAGCACCCACGGUUACUCCCAAAACCAAAUUAUAGUUUGGAGAUAUCCUACAAUGUCCAAGCUGGCAACUCUUACUGGCCAUACAUAUAGAGUUCUUUACCUUGCCAUCUCACCAGAUGGACAGACAAUUGUGACAGGAGCAGGAGAUGAAACUCUUAGGUUCUGGAAUGUGUUCCCUUCUCCUAAAUCUCAGAACACUGAAAGUGAAAUUGGAGCAUCAUCUCUUGGAAGAACUCAGAUCCGGUGA